AUGAAGCCAGCUCUGGUGACCUAUCAUGAUUUAGGACUGAACUACUUAAGUUUCGAGUCGUUCUUCAAUCACGAAGAUAUGCAGGACAUCCUUGACAAUUUCUGCGUCUACCAUAUCAAUGCUCCAGGUCAAGAGGAUGGUGCAGCAGCGUUGCCGGAAAACUAUACUUAUCCCACGUUGGACGAACUGGCUAGUCAAAUAAAAUACGUUCAAAGCAGAUUCGGAUUUAAAACGUUCAUCGGCUUAGGGGUGGGCGCUGGUGCUAACAUCCUUGCUAGAUUUGCUAUAAACAAUCCUUCGAAGAUGGAAGCUUUGGCUCUCAUCAACUGCACGUCCACUCAGCUGGGAUGGUUCGAUUGGGCUUAUUUCAAGAUGACGUGUCGCAUGAUGCGCCGGCGUGGAAUGUGCGAAUCAGCUGUUGAAUUCCUCUUGUGGCACCACUUUGGCAGAAUACCGGAAGAAUGCAAUCCUAACCUGGUCUCCAAAUAUCGCUAUCACUUCGCCGGUCUCGCGAACCCAGGGAAUGUAGCUAUGUUCAUAGAUGUCUUUGGGAAGCGGCAGGACCUAAGGCUAUCUCGCGAGAGCGGUACGAUGCAAGUGCCGGUAUUGAAUAUCGCCGGUGCGCUGUCGCCCUAUGUGGACGCUACGGUCACUUUCAACAGCCGCUUGGAACCAUCUAUGUCAGCUUGGAUGAAGAUAUCAGACUCCUCAAUGGCUCUUGAAGAGGAGCCCGGAAAGGUCGCUCGAGCUUUUCGUCUAUUUUUACAAGGAGAGGGCUACGUCUCCCCGAUUCCGAAGAAGAUCUUGACAAGUGGAAGUGAGAAUAUAUUAACAGGCGAUCGUCGUUCAUGUCGUCACUCGCCAGUUAUUCGUAUAACUGAGAAUCCGAUCUCGGAAGCGGUUGCAUGUUAG